AUGGCCCCUGCAUCCACCCAGGAUAGGGAAGAUGUGAAGAGUGAAGGCCCCAAACUGGUGCCCUUCUUUAAAGCCACUUGUGUCUAUUUUGUCCUCUGGCUGCCAACUUCCAGCCCCUCCUGGUUCAGUGCCCUCAUCAAAUGUCUGCCCAUCUUCUGCCUGUGGGUUUUCCUUCUGGCUCAUGGAAUUAACUUCUUAGUGUCACACCGGAGCGCCAGCCGCAUCCUAGCAGGACUCAUAUUCUCAGCAGUGGGAGACGCCUUUCUCAUCUGGCAGGAGCAGGGCUACUUCAUUCAUGGUCUGCUGAUGUUCGCCAUCACACACAUCCUGUACUCUUCAGCCUUCGGCAUGAAGCCUUUGGACCUCAAAGCCGGCUUGUUGAUGGGCCUUGUUUCCAGUUCCUGUUAUGCCUUCCUGUACUCCUACCUCUCAGGCCCAUUCACCUACCUGGUAGCUGUCUACAUCGCCUUGAUUGGCUUCAUGGGCUGGCGAGCGGUCGCCGGCAUGCAGCUGUGCAACGACCUCUGGACAUGGACCAAGCUCUCUGCCUGCAUUGGCGCGAUGCUGUUCAUGGUGUCGGAUCUGACCAUUGCACUUAAUAAGUUCUGCUUUCCUGUGCCCUACUCGCGCUUCAUCAUCAUGGCUACUUACUAUGCAGCCCAAAUGCUUAUUGCACUGUCAGCUGUAGAGAGCAGAGAUGAAGAGGACUUCAGAAAGAGGAGCUAG